UACACAUCGGCACCGGUGUUUAUUUAUUUCAUUUUGAUAAUGUUUUCGCAGUAGGAGAUUUAUUUCUUAUAGAAUUUAUAUUAUUUCUGUAAAAUUUCUUGUAUGGAGAGAGUAAAAUUAGUAUUUGUUGAGUUUGGAGCAGUGUCCAUGCAAAAAAAUGUUCAAAAUAGAAUCAUAUGUUACACCAAUUCUAUUGAGCUAUGUUGAUAAAUAUGUUCGGGAUUUUAAGCCAGCAGAUGCUCAAGUUUCACUAUGGGGUGGCGGUGUGGCGCUACAUAAUCUGGUCCUGAAGGCUGAUGUGUUGCAACAAGAAGUGUCACUGCCGUUCACACUUGUUUCUGGUCGCAUCCAUGAGCUACUUAUUCAGGUGCCAUGGACCAAAAUAAUGUCAGAGCCCAUUGUUAUCACCAUAGAUACAAUAGAGUGUGUUCUUAACCUGAAUCCGCCAGCACCUCAAGAUGAUAAUUUACCACCAGAACCACCAAGAAGGACACAAGUGGUGGAGGCUCCUCCGGGCUACAUGCAGGCGCUGGUGCGUCGCAUCGUCAGCAAUAUUGCCCUGCGAGUUCACCACCUGAUCGUGAAAUACGUGCAAGACGAUAUAGUGCUGUCUCUCAACGUAAAGCACUUGGCUGUAGACAGUGCAGGCCCUUCGUGGGAGCCGUCUUUUGCUGAUAUCGACCCGGUGGAGCCAGUACUCCGCCGGUUGGUACGUUUGGACGACCUGACGCUGUGCCUCGACCGCGCCGACUCGGACGGCAAGAUCCGCUUCUACCAGGAGCCGCUGCUGUACCGCUGUCAGCUGGAUCUCAGGGUCCUAACUCGGCUGGUAUCGGCGAAUACGCGUCGCGCGACCGGUCUCUCCGUUCAACUGCGGUCUUCGAAGCUCGCGUGGGGCGUGACCAACGACCAGUUGGUGCUUUUACUGCGCCUACUCAACGAGAGCCCCAGGGCGGAAGCGAAGCCCCCUCCCCCGGCGCCGAAGAUGGCUGCGCAGGCUAUGCCGAUGCACACGUGUCAGAACUCAGCGGAGCCGGCUCGCAUGGAGAGUUGGUCCGAAUGGGCGUGGUCUUGGCUUCCGGCUUGGGCGGAUCGUGAGGGGGCGGAGGAAACUACCGCCCCGCCCGCCCCCAUACCCGUCGCGCUGCACGCCUAUCUGGACGACGUGGCGCUGGUGCUGAAGAUGAUGGAAGUGGAAGGUGGAACUCGUAAACGCGCACGCGCAUUGCUCGAAGUGAGCGCAUCGCACGCGGCGAUAAAGGUGACAGCGCGCGCGCCCACUAUGAUGCGCGCGCGCCUGGGGCUGAGGAACAUCACACUAGCCGCCCGGGGCAAGUGUGUCUGCGGUCACAACGCGUCCACACAAGAGCCCACUGUAUACCUGAGUAAGUGCGAAGCUGAUUCAGAAGAGAACCCAUGGACGUGGCCCGAGGAGGAUCCGACCGAUGCCAGAAUAGAACUGGCUCAAGUCGCCGACGAGACAUUGAGAGACACCGCCACACCUACAACCUUUGAUCACCCAACAACAAGUGAGCACCAAGAGGUUGAAGGGCAAACGGAACUCCCGUCGGAGUAUUCCGAGGAAGAGAUGGACCCCCUAUGGCAACACAUGGAACCCGUCCUAUUCGUCGAGUACAGUCACGAACGGUCGCCACCUCAGCCAUACACCAACCCUUACGAGAAUCCACCUGCUGACUUUGAAUACAGUGAUUGGGUAGAAGUGUGCUCGAUGAGAGUACAGAUUCGCCCUUUAUGCGGGGUGGUAUGCCCCGCUCUCGUGCAUCGCUUAAGCGCCCUUUACGCCGCAUUGGGAGAUCUGCCGCCAACACCCGUGGCCGAUCUCCCAACUCGUACUCUUACCGUGGAGGAAUGCGACGCUCUCAUGGAGAACUUGCCUCAGAAACGCAUCUCGAUAGAAAUGCGUGAGUUACGCGUAAGACUCCUGCCCUGGGACCACGCCGCGAUGGAGAAGGCUACCGAGCCACUGCUGUCGCUGGACAUUGAUGUGCCUAAAGUCGCGUUCGUCAUAACCGGACCCUUGUACCCGCAUAGGGUUUGUUCAGCGGCCUGCCAAAUGCCGGAAGAUUCUGGCCCACUUUGGAACGGCGCACGCUUACACAUUUCCGGUUCUGUGAGUUCCGCCCAAGCCCAACUGUGGGCGGGGCCGGGGGCGGGGAAUCCCAGGCCUUGUGCUAGGGCGGAUGUACGAUGCGCCAUACAUUUGUUAUUAAACAAGCAUAUGUUCAGUCAGAGGGAGAGUGUCGUGCUCAGCUACACGGUCAAAUUGCGCGAGUUGAGUGUAUGCGGUUCGUCGGCGCGCAUCCAAGCGGCGACCCAGGUCGUCAGCUCUUUGAUAAACGAGAGACUGUCAACGUUGCUGCAACACUCCACGCUGGCCAAGGAUGCGCUCAACGACGAAGAAUCGGUAGCGAUAGAUUUGACAGCGGAGGAGUUGUCGCUACGCGGCUACUUGACAGCGAAUGUCAACACCCACAUACUGUCUCUGCAGUCGGCGCGGGCGACUGCUCACCACGCCCCAAAAGAAGAAGAAGUGAAGCAAGCGUGGCUGUUCUCAGCACCGGACACAUCAACCACCACGCCUUACCUUCGGUUUGCUAUCCAAUGGUGUAAUUCUGCUACUGUCACCUCUCUGGAGUACUUCGGCUUGUGGACGGAGCCGAUAUCGUUCUGCGCGGAUCCGCUGCUUAUAGCGUGGCUCGCUUAUAAACCGACCAUGCGUCCGUACCGGGAAUCCCAUGUGCAGUUAAACACAAGUGGAAGUCAGUAUGGGCUGCGGAGACGACCCACACCACCGUCUUCAAGUGGUCGCGCGGGUAGUCGGGCAGGUUCCGGUGCGGAGUUAGUCCACGUGCGUCCGCGCAGCGUUGGCUCCAGUAGUGAACCGAGCGAAAGGCGCGAUCAGAAACAACAAACCACCCCUAUGAAACCCGAGCCCAAAUAUUGGGACGGUGAGCGAGUAGUGCAUGUUCAUACGCGUUUGCGUCGCGCGCUCGUCAACGUGGAGCUUGGCUUGGUGCUAGUGUACGCGGCGGGCAGCACCGCCUCGGCGCUGGACUGCGCGACUGUGCACGACGCGAUGGAGCGACACGCGCGUCUAUACGAGCCCGUGCUGGCGGCCAGCUUAGGUCGUGUUUCCAUGCAUUCGAACACGAUAAAGAAACAUCUCUGGCAAGAAAUCAGACACGAUGGCCCCACAUUUAUCAACACCUCCACCACCACAGAUAACUCGGAAGACGACUCGUUCCCCUGGAAGCUGCGUCUAGCCGACGUGUCUUGUUACACACUCGGCAUCAAUGUUCCCACUGAGCGUUCGAGCCGUGACUUCUCCGUCCGCACGCAACGGUCUCAACUGAAGACCCCCGAAGCUGCGCACAAGACUGUCCUCGAAAUGGUCACUACUACAGUCACUCUGUCUGUAGUAACCAAAUCGCUGCAGAUCAAACCUUCGAUGAGACGAGAUAGGACGGACACUGCAAACCCCGAACCGGAAGACAAAACGAAAUAUUUUACUACCGGAAUCGACUUUAAACCAUCUACGCUGAAAGAGUUCUUUCGGGGACCCGCGAAACGAAAAAAAUCUACUGCUACGCCGACGGCGGAGACUCAGACGCAGGAGACUCAACCCCCCGGGCACGCGGUGCGGAGCGGCCCGCUGGUCUCCUUAGGCGUACACUUGCACGCGGACACGCCGCCUAUCAUAGUGCGGCUAGACCGCGAGCAGGUGCAUCUGGUAGCGACUGCUGUACACGGGCUGCAGCACAUGCUGGCGUUGCUGCAGCGGCGACCAGUUUUACCCCAAAAAACGUUAUAUACGUCCGUGGGUACCUCCCGUCGGUCAUUGAUAAGAUCUGUCUCUGAAAUAGAAGAAGUUCGAACACCAUCAGAGGAAACGCAAAGUGAGAACCCCUCCGAAAAUCGAUCAGAGCUCAUAUCGAUAUAUGAAUCCUAUAAUGCUGUCAAACCGAUAGUGAAAUUGAAGACGUUCUUCUGGUUCCAAUGGGUGGUGAGUCGCGCCACUCUCGUGGUGGCCACCAGGUCGGUAAAACUGGCCUUCGACAUGGACGACAUCAUAUCGACGGUCGAUCUGCAGUCGCACUAUAGCCAACUGAAAGUCAAGGUGGCGUCUGCCUCGGUGCGGCAUUACGAGAGGACGGGCAGCUACGAUUGGACGGCAGGAGUACUGGGCGGUCGCGUGCUCGAAGCGCGGGAACCGAACAACGCAUUGGAAGAAAACCACUUUAUGUCGGUUACUGUCACGCAGGCAAGGAUUGCGAACUUACCCGCGAAUUGGAAAGAAGAACUGCAUCCGAAACUUCUUGAAGAGAAAACGAACACGGAUACAAUGUGGGAGAUCUACGCGACGGUGGCGCCCCUGGAGGCUGUGCUGCAGCCCGAAGUGCUGAAGAAUAUAAUGUCCUUGGCGCAUGAGUUCGCGCCGCGCUCUUUCUGCCCCUUGCAACAAGAAGCCAGCGAGAGAAAGAUGAGUAAUUGGCAGUGGCCGACUUGCUACGUGAACGCGGGCGGACUUCGAUUACUGCUCACCAGCGAAGAAGAGGACCGCUUUGGAGACGACACUUUCAUAUUCCAGAUCAGCAAACUGACUGUCAGCCCAUAUCCAGAAAAUCCAAUUUGUCGUCGGCCAGUGAACACGACGUCGGACGUGAGCUGGCUCGGCAGCAGCGGUCUGCUGGAGGGGCAGCAGUACGAGGUGCUGGUGCACGGCGUGGGCAUUCGGUCCGCGCAGCUGCAGCAGCUGGCCUGCCAGGAGGUUAGCGAAAACGAGUUGCUAAAGGGCACCGGGGGCGAGAACCCCGCUCUUAAGUGGACCCAGCCCGUGAUUGCGCCUGUCAUCACACCUAUGUUGCACAACGUGGACAUAGGCUGCGUGCUGGCGCCGGCGAUAUACUCCAGCGACCUGCUGGUCAGCGGGCCCGCCGUGGAGUUCAACCUGGUGUCUGACUGCUGCGUGGACAUCAGCCUGCAGCAGGCCACUCUGGGGGCCUCCUUACUGGCGGACCUCGCGUACGCCAGGCCAAAGGAGAUGUCGUUUGAAGAUGGGAAUUGUGGUGCGUGUCCAUUCGCCCCGCUGCUCAUCCACGCUGGGCAGGUGCAGACGGACACCAGUCAGUACAUCUUCACUGAAGUGGGUGAAGGCACUGAUUCGGGCGUCGACACAAUCACCUCGCACUCCACCCUCAAGACCGGCUCCCGAGUGGACGAGACCACUUCCAAAAAGACUCUCUCCGUGGUCUUCGUGGAUCACUCUGCGGUCCCAUCAGAGUACCUGGAGGUAUUCGUAACCAUGGGCGUGAUCGACGUAUCGCUGUACACUGUUGACGACAACAGCCCCUCUGUGGUUGCGUUGCGACCGCCCGCCGCCUCCGCUCCCGCUCCCGCUUCCGCGCCCACUACCGCUAAUGCUACCUCUGCAGCCGCGACCGCGACCGCGGCCCCCGCGCCCGCUUCAUCGACGCAAGUUAAGGUAAUCUUCGAAGAGGCAGAACAUAAGGAAGAGGAUGUGACCUCAGUAGGCAGCCGCACCAAGAGUCUGACUGACACGAUGCGUUCCGGCACCGCGUCCAAGUCGAAACUACGAUACGGCGAACAUACGGAUCUACAACAGUAUAAGAAGGCGGAAGGUUGUAUUCCAUUGCUACACGUCACCUUGCACCAGCCCAACCUCUACUAUUGGCGGAGAAAGACGCAAAAGAGCUUACAGGUGUCCCUAUUCAACGCGUGGGUGGGGCUUGGCGCGGGCCAGACUGAAGGCCGGUGGAACAUUCCCUUGUUGACCACCAGUCGAGGCAUUGCUGACCCAGUCACCGAUAUUCCGCCCGCACUAGCCACCCUGCGACUCUCCGCACCAGCUGCAGGUAAUACUCGCGGCAGCAUACGGCUCGAUGUGGAAAGGCCCGUGCAAGUGGAGGUGUGCACGGAGCGCGUGCGCAGACUGACCGGCAUAUUGGCGUUGAUCCAGGAGGGACUACCGCAAGCCGAACAGCGUCCUGCUACACCGACUAAGGAACAUCAACAGUUGCCUUUCUUAUAUAAAAUACGACGUUUCUUGGUCCAACACUCAGCGGAGAGCGUUACGGUACACACGAGCCAGGUAAGCGUAUGCGGCUCGGAGGGAACCCUCGGGUGCGACGGCGUGUCGAUGCAAGUCGCGGUCGGCGCGCGGCCGGACCGCCUGUACGCGCGGGCGUUAGUGCACGCGCUGCUCGCCGCGGCCGGACCGCCCGGCGACCGCCGACACCCGCUCGUGCAACCCGCCGCCGUCGGGAUCAACAUGGAAGCGUCUUGGGAAGCUUGGCGUCGCGCUGAAGGCGGCGCGUCCCCGCUGCAGCCCACUGUGCAGCUGUGCGUGGAUGCCGACCAGCUUUGCGUGGAGCUGCGGCCCAGCGAGCUGUGUGCGCUGGCCCGCCUGCAGGAAGCUUUCCGCGAUGUGAUGCAGCAGGCUUCCGCGUUAAGAUCUGACGCAGACUAUGACGCGAGCAACAUCAGCAGCAAGCCGUCAUUUUCUUCGACGAGAUCCUCGCACCGGCGUUCCAGCAACAGCGAUACUGAGCUCAGCGAUCACUACUAUAAAGACGACUUGAGGAGUGGAGCUUUCAAACUGGUGGGCGGAGGACAACUGCCAAUGGCAUACCAAGUAACAUUGCACGCCCAGACUGUGGCGUGGAGAUAUCCACACCCUCGUGCCGUCACCAGGGUGCUUGCCUUCCCGCUACCUGACCAGGACGAUGAAUUUGAGUGCAUUCUCGAGUUCUACAACCCCGUGGUGGGCGAAUGGCAUGCAUACGCUCACUUCAACAUACCGGUCUCGGGGCCCGCUGAGGUGAAGCUGUAUAUCACUGCACCAGACGCCGUAUUCGCGCAGAUGUGGCGGAUGCGGCCGCGACCAGAGAAGGAGCCCAAGCAGAUGCCUUUUGAAUUCGACUUCGCCCGCUACUUGCCUCGAAAUGAUCCGAUGGCGUUCGAACAGCCGCCCGAGCCGGAUAUCCCGCUGUCACCAGUGGCAGUGACCGCCGAACAGCUGUGCGGGGCGGUGCGCGUGGACUCUUACUUCGCGCCGCGCGCGCUGCCCCGCGUGACGCUGUGCGCGCGCGCAGCGGGCCUGCAGCUGCACGCGCACAACGCGCUGCCCCUUCUACCGAGCCAAGCAAAGACCCUCGAAGGUUACUACGUGUCCCGCCCUCUGAUGCGCAGUCACCGCGUGUUAUCGCUAAUUGUUCGAGACGCCGGCAUUCACUUGUGUUACGGAGCGCCUGCUGGAGGGAAGGCGGCGUUAGAGGCUAGUCUGGCAGCGGACAUAAUGGACUGCGCAACGGGCACUAUGGAGCCUCUCGUAGACGAAUUCAGACUUCAGCUAGCGGCGUCGUUCCCCGAGAGAGAUAUGAGCAAGUCUCGAUGGAGGGGCGUGGCUACCGACGUGAGGGCGGCGUUGCAUGUGCCCCGCCUUAGGACUGCGGCCGCCUUGGUAGCUGAUUGGCAGGAGCACGUAAGACAGUAUUUAGGUCACGAACAGGAGCCGAGGGAAGAAGACGAUCCAUCCGAACAAACAACCUCCAAGCGUUUAGUCGCCGCGGUCGCGUCUCGUGCGCUAGAAGGGCGUAUAUCCAUGUGGAUUCACAAUAGUUGCGCGUGCGCACUGCGCGUUGGACAGGACGGCACCGACGAACGCGUCACUCUCGGGCCUGGGGCUAGAUUUGCUUAUAGGUGGAGAUCUCCUACAGCUCCGAAAGGACUUAGGAUAGCAUUCGCUGGUCCUGUAACUGAUUGGAUCUGGUCAUCCAGCGUGCCUUUCGCAUCGGGUACUUAUCGCGUGCGGCUGGAGAGCGGCGAGGCGACGCAUGCGCGCGCCGGGUCAAUGACCGCACACGUGACGGUACAGAAAGACGGCGCAAGACGAACUAUGCGACUGGCUGGCCACCUGGAGCUGGCCAACCUGCUUCGGUACAACCUGCUGUACAAGGUGCGCACUCGCUGCCAGGACUCGGUGCAGUGGCAGACGGUGAUGUCGGGCGAGCUGGAGCCUGAGAGUGUCGGGCGCAGCGUAAUGUGCCCCGCCGAUACAGAGAUGGCGCUCAAAAUAAAGUUCACAACGCACGAUACGGGAUGGUCAGGAGAUAUACCUUUGAAGGAAUGCCCCAAAGAAAAUGUGCCAUGGCUAGUCAAAGUUCCGAGCGAGGGCGAUCUGCCGUACAUAUCUGUGUGGUGCCGCGUAGUGCGAGCGCGGGGAGACGGGCGAGUGCUGGCCGCUGUGUGGCCGCUCUACGUGCUGUACUCGCACGUGCCGCACGACGCUGCGGUUAUGAUCGAAACAGAGUCGACUCCGUCGCCUACCGGUGAAAGUUCGAAGGCUGAAAGGCCCGCGCCGCUGAUACAGACAGCGCCGGGGCGCGGCGCCAGCACCCACCUGGUCGCACCGGGCACGACGUCAGCGAGACACAACCUCACUUUCCAAUAUAGAAAUAUCGAGUGCCCGGUGACUCGCGACGCAGUUCCGCUGCACUACGGAGUCACUGAUACGUCCGUAUUCGACAAACGCGCACCAGUCAAUAACCUCGAAGACGUCGUGCAAGACAUUUUGAACUGGUUAGACCGUUCUGGGCGUAACGCUAAAAGUUCUUGGCCGUAUUCAUUGGUGACCAAACACUGGCCUGGUACUUGGCAACCGGCGCUGCUGCAACCACGGUCUGAUGUCAACGUGAGGUACGAAGCGGUCCGUGCGGGAGGCGGGUGCAGCUUAGAGUUACGCCUCUGUCCCGCGGCGCUGGUGUGCAACGCGGCACCCAUAGCGUUGACACUGCGAGCUCACGACGCCACGCCUCUAUGUAAACUGGAACCCGGCACUGCACUCUGCCCGCCCUCUGUGAUGCUGCAAAAGCCGUUCUUCAUAUCGGUUGAAUUGGGGCGCGACACAUUCGUGAGCGGUCAGCUGGCGUUGAGCGCGGGGGAGCCGGGGAGAUACGGGGCCCCGCCGCCCGGCCACCUCGCCCCGCUCCACCCCGCGCCCUUCGCUAUACACUGCAACAACCGGGUGGCCCUCCUGACGAUGUACUACGAAAUAAUACACGACAUCAAUGUACUUGGAGCUAGUUCUACUUAUGAAUUCAUCAACAGACUGGACACGGAUGUACUGGUAUCUGCAGUUGCUGUACCAAAAGAUCUCGAUGAUGAUUUGCCUCUGCGUCCGAAAAUGUUCAAAGUGGUCCAACCGUGUAAAGAGAACAGCAUCCACGGGGUACCUCUAUGCCGUUUCUGGCUGGGCGGGCGCUGGCGAAGCGGCGGCGAUCCGUCCGAACUGGCACCGUACCUCUGCGUAGCUCUGCCGUCCGCGUCCGGCCCGGAACCGCCCGCCACGGUGCCGGUCCGGCUGGGACAACCGCCUUACAGACGAGCGCUCGCUCUCACCGACGAGAAUGGGCAAUCGCUAGCAGUGGUGGUGACGCAGCUGCGACACGAGGGUCGUUGGCUGGUGACGUUGGCCCGGGACCCUUGCCCGCAGUUCCUGGUGUACAACCACACCCGGGAAUCCCUGGCCCUGGCGCAGCCCCGCCUUCUGGACGUCGAGCCUAACAACGCUGUCGUGCAGGCGGUGAACGAAUGCGAAGGCGUGAAGUGGUGGUGCGUUAUAGACGCUGGCGCGGCGACUCACUACUCGAGCCCGGCGCACUGCGCGCGUUACCCCCCUCCAGACCGCGCGGCUGCCGCGCCCGCGACUGCGCCGCUGCAGUUCCUGACCAUCGCGCGCGCCGCCCCGUUACAGACAUCGGAUUUGUACUGGUGUGCACCGGUAGCGGUGACUGAAGGUGAACAGUUAGUGCAGCUGUACGGCGGGCGCACUGUGAAGCUGCGCGUACAAACUUAUCCACACUCCACGCUGCUGCAGCUGCGAGAUGUAGACGAGACGGACAUAUCGGCCAGUGAUAUCAGGAACCGUUUGCUCAAGCCCCAGUUAACCAAAGAAAAAAUUAACGAGUCGGGUCAGCCUGAAUCUAGUUUUCAUAUCCUGGAACGGGAAAAAGCUGAUUCACAACUGUUGGCGAAGGCCGUCGCGAGUGGAGUCCGCAUAGAGUCAGACCCAAACAUUCCCAUUGUCAUCGAAUCGGGUUCUACGGAAGUUCUUCAGACUAGCACGCGAAAACUUAAGAGCCACGAGGUCCAAAAGUCAGUUACUAUAAUGUCAAGUGAUAGCCAUCUUAAGCUAGAAGAAAAACCAGAAAUUCCCGAAACGAGCACAGCCGAUGACACCGACCACACGAAUCGCGAGAGUUUGAAAGUCAUCAAAGAUACGUCAGGCACUCAAUUCCAUGCGUCUGUCAGAAUAAACGAGGACUCCUGUCCUAGUGAAGCAAGUGUCAAUAUUGACAAAAAAUUUAUUGAGACUGAUACAUCGUACAUUUUUCAAGACAUACCAUCAGGUUGUAACGGCGCGUGGUCCGCAUGCGAGCGGGCGCGGUUCGUGGUGUCGUCGCUGGCGUUAGAGGUGGCGGGGGGAGCGGACGAACCGCCCCUAUUGGCGCUGCACCUCGACCGCGCUGCCCUGUUGCUGCAUGCAGACGAUAAGGGAACAAACACGACGCUGUCUAUAGCGGGUGUUCAGGUGGACAAUUUGCAAUAUUCUAACGGGCAGUACGACUUCGCGGUCGUUGCGUCUACGGCCAACGAGCGGCCCUCUCCCGACCGAUGGCCUUUCCUAUGGGGCAUGUUGGUUGAGAGAGACGCCUUCAGCUCGAGGCAGGAUGAAGCGAGACUAUUGUUGAAGAUACGCCGCGAUCACUGGACUGUGCCGUCAGGAAGUUUCAGCGAGAUAACCGAGGUGGAGGUGUGCGUGGGUCCACUCGCCUUAUACGUGGAGGACGCGUACGUUAGCGCGUUAGUGGAAGUGGCGCGGGCCGCGGUUCCAGUGCCAGCGGGGGGAGCGGCGGGGGAGACUGCGGCGAUAUUGGCGGACUCGCGUGCGCUGCAAGUGCCACUGCGGCUGCGCCUGCUGCAGCUGCACCCGCUGCACCUCACGCUCACGCUGCACACCGCCGUACGGAUGUACAUAGCCCUGGACCAGAGUCCGCUGCAGCUAGGUGCUUUCCAGCUGAAAGACGUGGUCACUUCGGUGGAGCGGCUCACCCACGCGCUGACUGUGCACUAUCUCUCUGCCGCAAUACUAGGCGCAGGCUGGGUGGUAGGCGGCUUAGAGUUGUUAGGAGCUCCGGGGGCAUUGGCAGCUCGUGUGGGAGGGGCAGGGGGCGGGGUUAGAGGCGUGGCUGUAGCCGCAGCGGCUGCCGUCGUACGUUCCUUGGCAGCUUGCGCCGGUUCUUUGGCCAGAAACCUGGACUUACUGGCCGGUGAUGAGGAACAUGCGCGUAGAGCUGCGGCCGCGAGACGACGCCACCCACAAAGCUUGGCCGCUGGUAUACUCGCCGGGGUGACGAACUUCGCUAUCAAUAUAUUAGGGGCCGUAGGUGGGUUGGCCCAUCACCCACUAGUGGGCGUGGCAGUGGGUGAAGGCAGCAGUGCUGCAGCGUUGCGUCGCAGUUUAGUGGGCGCAGUAGCGAAGCCGCUCAGCGCCACUGCCGAUCUGGUCGCGUACGCUGGACACGGACUGCUGACGCAAGCCGGAUGGGAAGCGUUGCCACAGGCUCGACGCAGCUGGUGGUCGGAGCGGUCGUGCCGUUGCGCGGCCGUUUGCGCGGCGGGGUGGCGACGGGACUGCGUGCGCUGGACCUUCCGCCUGGCCGAGCUGACCGCGCUCAGCGGCCACGAGGCAGAGCUCGCCCGCGCCGAGCUAGCGUUGCUGCUCACGCACAAGUUCUUAGUAGUAGCUGACUUGGAGACGGAGCGAAUAGUGGAGAUGAUCGACUUCCGGUCCUGCUCACUUGCACCAUACAAUGGCCCCGUCAUUGAGUUGUAUGUGACGCAGCGGCGCAUGUCGAAGAUCGCCGUGUCCCGAGUGAUAGAUGAGGAUGACGAGUACCAAGUGAGCGCCGCAGCGAUGGCUCGCGUCGCCCGCUAUACCGGCGCGGACGCAUCGGCCGCGUCGGCGGCGGCUUCAGCGGCGUCGGGCGCGGGAGCGGGCGCGGCCUCUGGCGCGGACACCCGCACGAUGUCACUGCACGCGGAGCCGGCCCGCGCGCUAGCACUGCAUGCCGCACUCGCCGCCGCCAUCAGGCACAACGGGGACACGCACUUCGCGUUGCUGUGAUCAUCGGUGAAGAAAUAACGCGACUCAUACGUUGUGAAAUAAACAGAUGUUGAUAAUACGAUGAAAAUUUGAUUUUUUGUCACAAACCCAAGUAGAAGUAUGAAGCAACUUUGGGCAAGCUGUAAUUCUUCUUUUUCCGUACGUAAUCAAAGUUAUUUACCGAGUAAUCAAUUUAUACGACAAUUUAAUAUGGAACUUUGUUAAAUAAUUUUAGCUCAGCUGUUGUUUAUAUUUCAUAGUUUAUACCUCUAGCUCUUAUUUUUAAUACAAUACUUUAUAUCUUUUUUAAAUUUGGCUCCUCCUAGUUAUCAAAAUUUUACUGGCUUAUUAUAAACCUUGGAUUAAAGUGAAACUUGUUUUAAACCUUAUGUUGUCUCUGUCUUAUUUUUAGCUAACAAAGGUGACAGACGAAUUUAACUUCUGUCAACGUUUUAUCAUAAGCUGGGUCAUGUAUAGCUCUGUCUACUUGUAAACUAAACUAUUAACCAUGGAGGUUAGAGGCAAGGAGAACGGUCGCUACGUGCUAAAGCAUAGCCCGGUUGUCCCUGAAAAUUUGUAGAUAUUGUAGUUCAUUUAUCAGCCACCAGCCGCGCUGCCGUCGGUAAGUAGUAUCUGUGAAGUUAGCUGUUUACUAGUACAAGUAGAUGAAGUUAGUUGAAUAAUGUACAAAAUUUUCUCCGCGGCAUUGGUCAUUUCAAAUUAGCGCACAACAGCCCGCUUUUAUUGAGACAACUUAGCGAUUGCAGCGCCUCACUUAAUUUGUCCAUAUUUCUGGGACACUAUUUUCUACAGCGAUCGUUCUACUUCCCACUAACCGUCAUGUUAUUAAAACACGUCAAACAACAUUUGGUUAGAUUAAAGUUGAUGCUUAUGAGUUUCAUUGACGUUUGUGAAUAAUAUCUUAGUUCUCUUUAUUUCACAUAACACCCAUGUUUUCAUUUACUUAUAAUAUUCAGAUCGGCACGUCACAUCAUCGUUCCGCACAACUUAGAAUGAUGUAAGUAAGUACACCUAAUUCGGUAUAGUAAUUUGUCAGUUGAUAUUUUAAAUUGUAUUAAAUAGUGCCAAAUCUAAAAAAUCUAGUGCAAUCCAAAGAGUUUUCAUAUUCGCAAAGAGAUGAAAGGAUUUCUCUAUUAGAAAAUACCGUACAUAUAAUUAUUCAUAAUGUACUAUAGUAAAAGCACAUAAUAUGUUUGAAGCAAAUAUCCAAGGUAUAACUUCUAAUUUCGAUAAUAUUAAGGUUAGGAGUACACCAACAAUUAAUUCUGUAUCGUGUCGUGAAAGAUACAUUAUUCAGCCUACAAUCUUAAAAUAGAACUUUAAGGGUGUAUUCGGAAAUAUACAUCAGUAUACAGCAGGUCAAUUAUGCUCGCUAAUUGUGAUAUUGUUUUGAUAUCAAUUUCACAAUUCGUAUAUUAUGCUCUCCGAAAAAUGCGAUAUCAAAAUGACAUCAACUUAUGCGUAUUAUGAUCAACUCUUUAAAAUGAUAUCAACUUAGAUGCGUAUUACUUUCAACUUUUUGACUUAAAACAGUAUCGCAUAAACGUCAAAAAUGUGAUACAGGCUAUGAUAUUGAUAUGAUCUUGAUGUGACAUAGGAAUGUUCCAUAAUACCAUUUUAAAACAUUGUCAACUUGGCAUCAACAUCAUAUUGACAUCACAUUAGGAUUAUAUCACUAAAGCAUAAUUGACCCGCUGGCCAGUGGUAAUGACGUCACGAAUCCGACGCCAUCUUGUACUGGUAUGCUACCAUAAUUUUACCGGGAAAACGAAUAUGACGUAUGACCGAGCGUGCGUGAGAUGCAUCCGAAUUUAAUUUCUUUUUUAUUUAAAGAAUAAUAAUGGCAUCCGAACAAAAAGAAUUCCUUUUAAUUGAUAAAAAUCUUCUUUAUUCGCACUUUUUUCAAUAUUUCGACGAUUUAUGACGUCAGUGCACUGGCCAAUAUAUUUCGGAACAAUUCACCAGUAUAGCGUCGAUUCAUGACGUCAUUAGCACUGGCUAGUAUACUGGUAUACAUUACGCUACCCUAAAUUAUAAUCAUGAAUGUAAGCAGUUCAUUCCCCCCCUAGCGGUGCUCAUCACCGCGAUAUGAUAUACAACGCGUUUUUAUCACGCUCGAUUGUCAAAUUACUAUGGAGUUUGACAAUUAGACGCGAUAAAAAUCGUGAUAUAAUGUAAAUUGUGGUGCUCAUGCUACGGGGAAUUAAUUGCAGAUAUAUGUUUGAUAUGUAGACAAGAAGAAAUCAGAAACAAAACCGUAUAUGAGAAAUUACUUUAAAAGUAUUACGUAUUGACAUCAAUAUUUCGUGGUUUGGAUCAAAUUAAAAUCUUUCUAAAGUCACAUGACAUUGUUGUUCUAUUUUUACUCUUUCUUAAAAGAGUUUUAUUAUCAAAAACUGCAUAACUACUACAAUGUAGCAUUUAUUGAUGGUGGGACAAGUAAAAAGUAAUAGAGUUAAUUUAAGAAAAAAAAAAUGCAAUUCCCUCUUUCUAUGGGCAUAAAGUGCAAUUUACUAAUUUUUUUUCAUUAUUCUAGACGUAUUACAUACAUCCUUAAAGGCUCUAUCGUCGCAAGAACUGUCUUGCAUGUAUUAAAUGAUUGGUGUGGCUGAAAAUUUAAGAAAUAAAUAGCAAUACUAUUUCCUAUACGCAUAUAUUACUAUACGCAUUGGCGUUUCCAAUAGUGAUUUUAUUAUAAGGUCAAUAAAAAGAUUUUCAAGCCAAAAUCUAUAGUUAAAUAUUGGUAAGAUUUACAGUAGAUUUCUUGUAUUAAAUUUAAUGAGAAUUCAGCCUAUUUAAACAAAAAAGCAAUGGAAAUUAUGUAAGGGUGUAGAUAUAAAUUAACAAGGAGAAAACGUGUUUCGUCUUAAAUAGUGUUCAAUUAAACGUGGUUGUAGGAUCGCUAGAUAAAUCUUUGAAUGCGAAGUUUUAAUUAAGUGUAUUCUGUCAAUAUAUGUGUAAAUAUUAUGGGUGAAGAAUUAAAAUUUGAUUAUUUGUAAAUAUUUUAUUUAUUUUACACUGACAUGGAACUACGUAAUGUUUAUGCAUUAUUUUUUAUUAUUAUAUCAGGUUUGUUUAAAGUUACUUACAAAAAUAUGAUGAAUAUGAUUUUCUAAAAUUAAUAUGUAUUUCUUAUUAUUUAUAAGCUGUUUUCCUAUCAAGGUGUUUUUUCUUUUAAAUUAAUUACUUUAUCAUUGCGCGUCACAUUAGACUGUAUUGUUAUUAUUGUUGAAAUCUACAGACUAAUCCUAAAAGUACGGUUUGAUUUUCCUUACAACUUCCUUCCACAUUUCAUUCCAUCUUUAUUUAAUGUGAACAUGUUUCAAAAUCGCUUCAGUCAUAUCAAAUAUAUCAAGCUAUUAUCCAUAUUAUUUCGAAAUAACUCGUAUUUAUAUUUCCGUAUAUAUAAAUGUUUAUAUUAAACAUCAUUAAUGUCAAUUCGUAAAAUAAUUUUAGGAAAACAAAUAGAUCGAUAAAUAUAAGAUAUAAUAGAUAAAUUCAAAGACAAUUUACAAAUUUUUAUUUCAGCUCAGUUAUAAUCCAAUUACUUAUCAUUAAUGUGUUCGGUUAGCAUCACAUUAACGUCAUGUCUCCAGAAAACCUUUUAUUCCUUAAGAAUCAUACGAAUUUGAAUAUUAUUAACGCUUAAAAAAAUACAUAAUUUACAUUUGAAAAUUUAAAAUUUGCUCCACUAUUUAAAUUUCACAUCUUUAAAUAUUUCCAAUUGUUAGUUGCUCAGUCGAGCUUUGUCACUGAGACUUCAUAUUAUGUCUUCAGACUGUGUUCAUAAAGCAGUUGUAGCCCAAUUCUGAUCCUGGUGAGAUCAUAAUAUAUUACCUGCAAUUAAAUCUAAUAUAUAUAAUUGUCGUCUCUAUAUAAAAAAAAAUAUAAUUCAAAAAUCAAUCAAUCAGAUACUUUAUUUCCGAUACACGGGUUAAAAAUAAAAAAGUUACAUGUAUUUAAAUUGUGCAGUCGUGAUCAGCCCCAUUUGGCAAUACAAAUAUAAUUUGCGCAGAAGAAUUCAAAAUAAUGUCCAUUUGUCCAUUAUGUAAGUAUUAAUCAAUUCAAUUGUAAGUAUAUUAAUCAUUGAUUCAGUUUAGACUUUUACAAGCACAUGUGAAAGUCAAAAACUACUUCGGGAGACUUUGCACUGAGAAGAACCGGCAAGAAAAUCAGCAAGAGCCGCUUUUUUCUCCCUGUUUUAUUUCAUACAGUGUCGCCUAAAAAGCUAUCGUAAACAAUAUUAACCUAUGCGAAUUGUCUUUUCCGGUUCAGCCUGUACUUUGAGUAUUUUCCCCAUGUAAUUUUUAGGAAUUCAAAUUCCAUAUAGUACUGUGUGGAGGUCAUAAACAAAGAUCACCGUAUGUUGCAAGCAUUUUCGUCGUAUUUUUAUUCAUUAAAUUUUAAAAUCAAGUUUUCAUUCAUUCAUUCGUUCAUCAGAGCAUCUCUGAUUAUAGGAGAAUAUCGGACAAGCAGUUUUUUUGUCAAACUCAAGCUCUUGCAAAGUUUGUUAGCGGAAAAGGUUUGUUUGUAUUUUUAGCGUUUCACGUCUGUAAAUAUUCUGAAUUAAGAUGUAAAGACUUGUCGCGGUAUCACUGCCUGUGUAGACUCAACCGAGUAUUAUUCCUGGAGAGACUGUAUUAUAUUGU